AUGGCGAAAGUUCUACCCCCAAUCAUCUCAACUGAUUACAAGCCUCAUCCAAUUGAGACGAUGAAGGCAGCUCAGUGGAUGGGACCCCGCGACAUCCAAUUAGGAACUGUUCCCAAACCCAUGCUUACAGCCAACAAAGAUGCCAUCGUGCAUAUCACUCACUGCACCAUCUGCGGCUCCGAUCUACACAUGUACAACCCAGACAUGAAGAGCGCAAUGGAGAAAGGCCUUAUUCUAGGCCACGAAGCGAUUGGAAUCGUGGAUGAAGUUGGUCCGGAAGUAAAGACCCUGCAAGUAGGGGAUCGAGUGAUCAUUCUGCCAGUCAUUGCCUGUGGUGAAUGCUUUUACUGUCAAAAUGAAGAAUAUUCUCUUUGUGACAAGACCAAUCCUUCCAAGGAGAUGGAGCAACUCUACGGCCACCGUCUCUCGGGCAUAUUCGGCUACUCGAACUUGACAGGUGGCUAUCCCGGUAGUCAAGCAGAGUGGUGUCGAGUUCCUAAUGCCGACCUCGUAUGCGUCAAGGCUCCAAAGGAUAUCGCAGCGAAGAAGCUGCUCGGACUAUGUGAUGUGACUCCCACAGCGUGGCACGGUAACGAAUUAGCUGAGGUUGGCAAGGGGGAUGUUGUUGGGGUAUGGGGAUGUGGAGCCGUGGGUUUGUCCAUCCAACGUCUCGCGCUGCUGCGCGGAGCAAAGAAAGUCUAUGCCAUCGACAAAGAUCCGUACCGGCUGGCAUUGGCUGAAAGGUACGGCUCCAUUCCACUCGAUGUAUCCGAUUACACCAACAUCGCCGACCUAGUCCUAGAGCUUGAACCACAUGGACUCGACAGGGCCAUUGAGGCAAGCGGCUUCCGAAGCACUAAUUCCAUCAAGCACAAGAUCAUGCGGGGCAUUAACGCAGAAGGCGACAGUAGCGAUACAGUCAGCGCGAUUAUCAAAGCUACUCGCAAGGGUGGCAAUGUUGCAUUGAUUGGAGAUUUCUUCUUCAAUACUAACGACUUUCCCAUAGGCGCCAUGAUGGAGAAGGCACUCACAGUUAGGGGAGGACAAUUGUAUGCCCAGAAGUAUUUCCCGCUCCUGCUCGAUCUCACCACAAGUGGAAAUUAUGAUCCCUCUUUCAUGUUCACGUACGAGGAUGAUUUUGAGAACGUUGCGGUGGAUUACGAGAAGUUCAAUAAUCACGAGGUUCCUGGUGGGCUUAAGGUCUGCUUAGUGACCGCCUUUGGUCGCUCGCAGAAGUAG